AUGAGUAUAAAAGGAUUGAAACAAACUACAUUACUUUUGGUUGGAGAAACAGGUACUGGUAAAAGUUCAUUAGGUAAUUUUAUUCUUAAAGAUAAUGUUUUUAAUGUAAGUAGUAAACCAAAAUCAGAAACAAAAAACACUGUUGGAUAUUGUGGAGCAGAUAGUAAAAGUGAUAUAUUUGUUGUUGAUACUCCUGGUCUUAAUGAUUCUGAUGGAUUUGAUAAUGAAGGUAUUCAAAAUAUUAUUGAAUGUGUUAAAGCCAAAGGGUUACAAGGAAUUGUAUUAACAAUGAAUUAUAAUGGAGAUAGGUUUUCUGCUAACAUUCAAUAUGUUGUCAAAGUUAUAUCUGAUAUUUUCCAAUUUAAAGAUGUUUGGAAACAUAUAUGUAUUGUAUGGACUAAAUGUUAUAAUUACACACCAGAAAGCAAAUUAGAAAAAGAUAAAACUGCAAAAAAUGAAUACAAAGAAAAACUGAUUGAAUUUAUUAAACAAACAAAUAAAAUAAAUGAAAAUAUUGAUAUUGAAAAAACAAAUAAAGAUUUUAUUCCAAUGUAUUUUGUAGAUUCACAACCAGAAGCAGGUGAUAACACAAGAUCAGAAGAAGAAAUAGAAAAAUUAAUCAAAUGGGCAAGAGGAUUAAAACCAUUUGGUAAAGAAAAAAUCAGUAAAUUAAUAAAUGAAUUUAAAGAAAUUAUUUAUGAAGAAAAAGAAGAACGUGAAACAAUAAAAGAAACAAUACUUAAGAGAACAUAUAAAAUAACAAAAUAUAGAAGAGGCAAUAAAGUAAAGUAUAAUGGAGAGGUUGAAGAAGGUGAGUGGACUGAAUUUAACAGUAGAAUAGAAGAAAAAGAUAAAAAAUUGGGAAAAUUGGCAAGAAGGACAGUUAAGGUCCUAGGUGUUAUAGCAUUAUGUGUUAGUGUUGGUGUUGUUGGUUUGGGUUUGGGUAUUGCUGGUGGUGCUGGUUUGGCUGCUAUUGUUGUUGGUGGUGCUGGUGCUAUUAGUGCCUUUGGUAGUGUUGCUGGUCUUGGUGGUAUUGUUGCUGGUGCUAUUACUACCGUUUGUGCUCAUACUGGUCUUCUUGCUGCUGGUGCUAUUGGUGGUGCUAUUGGUGGUGCUAUUGGUGGUGCUAUUGAUGGUGGUGUUAUCGGUAAAGAACUCCUUAUUGAUGAUGAUAAAGAAAAGACAAGUGGUGCAAAAUAA